AUGUAUUCUGAACGCCUGAAGGACUUGGAAUACAGACGAAUACAAGAGGAGUCUUCACUCACUAAUUUCUCAAAUGCUGAGGCAGGAGAAAACUACCAAGAAUCUCAUGAUGAGCAAGCAGUGAUUGCUGAUAGUGGCUUCAAUCCAGCUCUAGCAGGGAUGGGUAUCGGUUACGCUAGUAUGCUGCUGGAGUUGUUGCUGUCUCAUCCUUUCGUUAUCAUCAGAAACCAGUGUCAAGUAAUAGGAUCAAGUCGUUAUCUGCACUUAACGCCAUUCUCACUAAUACCUGUAGUUAAAAGAUGUGUACAGUUCCAAGGUUUAUCAUUUUUUUCCAAAGGCUUAGGCAGUGUACUUAUUGUACGCGGAUUAAACUUCAUGACAGAAAAUUUGAUUUGUGAAGUCACCUCACUACCGAAAGAGGUUUCGAAAUCCAGUCCAUUCAAACGUCUGCUUGGACAUCUGUUACUGAAAGUUUGUUCAUGGGUGAUUGUUACCCCAUUUUAUGCAGCAAGCAUUGUUGAGGUUGUUCAGUCGGAUAAAGCUUCCGAACCAACAACACUUCUGUCUUGUUUCCGGGAUGGACUUUAUCGAUUAAUUCACAUGCCUUCAUCCCCAAGACUAGGUUCAGCAGGUUCGAUGUUUCGGAGUGGACCGACUGUAAGAAGUAUUCCCAUUGCAACGUCACGUCUGUUGCCUGUUUGGCGUCUUUUCGCACCUGUCGUUUUAUUAAACGUCGGGCAUUACGUUGUCAAAUCAUUUGCAAGCAUUAUUGCUUUAUCUUAUUGGAAUGGAUAUGAUGACCGUCUAGAACGAGAUGCUGAAAUAGAUCUCAAUUAUAAGACUGGUGGUCUAAGUCGCAACAGGCUUUCUCCGGGAUUCCCGACACAUUAUUCAACACCGAGUACACAACCAACUUCUGUUAGUGAGCGUCAUGCAAGUGACUCAGCUACUUUGGCUUACCAGCGUCAAGACACUGCUUUACAAGCUAUUUAUAAUCGUUACUAUACAGACUUGCUAGCUGGGAUAACGGCUAAUUUUGCUGCAGACGUUGUACUUUAUCCCGUGGAGACAAUAGUAUUGCGCCUGUGCGUUCAAGGUACACGUACUCUCGUUGACAACAUGGAUACUGGGGAUGUAGUUGUGCCAAUAGUCUCAUCAUAUGACGGCUUCUUUGAUGCACUGCGUUCUACCUUUGACUUACGUGUUGGAUUUUUGGGAUUGUAUAGAGGUUUCGGUGCUCUUCUAGCGCAAUAUGCCCUUCAAGCAUUAUUUAUUUUUGCGAUCCGGUGUUUAUAUGAACACCUCCUUUAUCUUUGGCCCCCACCACUAACUGAUGAAAAAGUAUCCGCAAAACCUAGCUCCAGACCAAACGUUUCUUCUGCAUUCGAUGAUACUGAGUCUGUCGCUAAUGAUGACUCGGAAACUACUGGCGAUAACUGGUGA